GAAGCCAUUUCCAUAGAAGCAUAACAUCAAUCAAUUAUCUCCGCGCAUAUUUCAACGUUUAAAACGCAUCCGGAAUUGUUUCGCGAUUGUGCGUGAAAAAUAUCCCAGGGAAGGCCAAGGAACGCUAAUACGUUUACAUGCCUUUGAUUUUGUCUUGAAGCAUUUUGAUUUUGCAUUCUGACUGAUUUUUCUGCGUGGAAUGUAACUUUUCUCGACACAUUUGCUGCACGAUAAGCGAUAAAAAGAAGGGAGGAGCGACAAUAUUUGACCGCCAGCAGCUCCGGCGAAAACCACCAGUGUGUUCCGCUAAUCCCAAUUUCAACUUUGGCAGCAUAUUUAUUAUCGAUCUGCUAGUGCUAUUCCGCCAAUUAUUCUGGAUUUUUAACAUUCUGUUGAUGAAAUUCUAUAGAUAUUUUAAAAUUUGUGCCAACAUUUAACAACUCAAAUUGAAAAUGGCAGCAACAGCAAGACACGACAGAGAGAUGCAACAGAAAGCAAAGAAGAAUUUGAGCAAGAAAGACAUUGAUCCGAUCGAGAAAUUGCGAUGUCAGUGUCUCCUGAGGGGUUCUAAAGGCAUUCUUGGCCUAGGAAGAGUAUUCAAAAUCAUGGAUGACGACGGCAACAAAACCCUCAGCUUUGCAGAAUUUAAGAAAGGAUUAAGAGAUUAUGGAGUGCCAUUGGAGAAACCAGAUGUUGAGAAAAUGUUUAAAGCUUUUGAUUCUGACAAUAGCGGCAGCAUCGACUUUGAUGAGUUCUUGAUUAAACUAAGGCCUCCUAUGUCACAAGCAAGGAAGGAUGUCAUUCAUCAAGCCUUCCAUAAGCUUGAUAAAACUGGAGACAAUAUCGUAACAGAAGAGGAUCUUAAAGGGGUUUACAACGUGAAGAAACAUCCUAAAUACCUCAACGGAGAAUUAACGGAAAGUCAGAUCUUUAGGAGUUUCCUCGACACGUUUGAUAACCCCAAUGAAAAAGAUGGAAAGAUUACCCAAGAAGAGUUCCUUAACUACUAUGCUGGGGUGAGUGCUUCGAUCGACAAUGACUCGUACUUUACCCUCAUGAUGAGGACCGCCUGGAAAUUAUGAUUGCGCCCUCUGUAGAGCAACAUGGAAAUCCAUCUUGAAAUAUCACUGGAAUAUAUGUGCUCGUCUACAACAGUGGGGGAUAAAACUAAAUGCAAAUGCAGUGUGAAGAACAGAGCAUGGAUCAUAAAAGCAGAUUUAAUCUUUGUUGUGCAUUGUGUUUCUCUGAUGUACUUUGUGCUUCUGUAAUAUAUGUCCAGCAUUUUUUUUUUUCAUUUUCAUCUGCAAAUGGGAGGGUUUUUUUAUUAUUACAAAACAGGUGUGAAAUAUUUUUUGUACAGUGAGCUUCACCAUAUGAAUUACACCAAGUUGAUUUUUGUUUUGUAUUAUUACAGUGAUCAAUGGUUAAAGGUAACAUCUGUUGGCUUUUCAUAUCUCUGUAUGCUAUAUUAGUCCCAUACUGAAGUACUAACUAAGGAUGCUUUCACAAGCAGGUCUUUAUGAGAAGAAAAACAUCUCGUUGCAAGCACUGUCGAGAUGUCGAGCUCGAGAUGACAUGGCCUUUGUGGCAUUGUGUUCUAUCUAGGUUAAUCAACGCAACUCUGCUCUUAUUUGCCGUCUUCAGAAAGGAACGUCCUAUAAAGAAAGAAAGAUUAAGAAAAGGGAAGGUCGUGUGAGAUGAGAAGAGACAAUGAGAAAGGAGAGCAAGAGCGGGAAUUAGAGACAGAGAGACAGACAGAGGGAGAGACAAAGAGAAAGAAGGGAGACAGAUACAAAGAGAGAGAGAGAGAGAGAGAG